CAUCCACCCAUACUCCAAUGGCGCCCAAGCUCGAUCCCAAUGAGAUCAAGAUUAUCUAUCUUCGCGCGACGGGUGGUGAAGUCGGAGCCUCGUCUGCUCUAGCUCCCAAAAUUGGUCCUCUGGGUCUCUCACCGAAAAAAGUUGGAGAAGAUAUCGCCAAAGCUACCUCUGCGUGGAAAGGUCUACGCGUGACUGUGCAGCUCACAAUCCAAAAUCGUCAAGCGGCCGUAUCUGUCGUACCCUCUGCUUCAUCGCUGGUUAUUCGGGCACUCAAAGAACCCCCACGUGACAGGAAGAAGGAGAAGAACAUUAAGCACUCGGGAAAUGUUACAUUGGAUGAAAUCUUCGAGAUAGCGCGAACGAUGAAGACUAAAUCAUUAGCAAAGGAACUUUCUGGCUGCGUGAAGGAGAUUCUGGGAACUGCCCAAAGCAUUGGCUGCACAGUGAAUGGCCAGCCCCCACAUGAUGUUAUUGAAGGGAUCGAUUCGGGUGAGGUUGAGGUCCCAGACGAGUAGACAGGCAUGUUGAGUACUGUAUCCAUCCAUUUUUUUUCUUCUCGGAC